CCGGAUUCGGCUGGACGCUGUUCGCGCUACUGGGACACUUUUAGAAGUCUCGCCCUUAGCAAGAGACUAAUCCUCGAAAAGGAUGGCGUCGAAACAACAACGUUAAGAGAACAGAGAUUCCCGUUAAUGUUUUCUUGUGUCCCCUUUGCUGCUGUACAGUUUUUCUAACAACCACGCCCUCGAGAGUUCGAUCUACGCUUCUUCUACGUUGUACCUCGUAACAGCUACUUGCGACGGGGCUAGCUAAUAGCGAGUAGUAAUCGCAUCGCGAUUCUUCUUCUUUCAAAGCCCUCUGUUUUUAAGGUAUCGCAUAGUUGGGUCUUCUCGUCGCCCGGCAUCUCUAUCCACAGGGAUGAUGCGACAUUUCCUUGUCGCAGGUGGGAGGUCGUCGCAGGGCUGGAUCAGCGGCAGACCCUUCGCUCGACUCCUUCUCUUUGCGGCUGCCGUGCUGCUGUCGGCCAUCCACCAAUCUCAAGAAUGCGCAGCGUACAACGUGUCGCUCGAGAGUGUCACGUUGUUUAAGAGGUUCUCCUGGCACGGCACGCCGUCUAUUUAUAUCGAAUGUGACUCUGCGAAUCGCACGUACCUACCGGCCGUCAACUCGACGCUCACGUGGUUCACGUUCCAAGGCAACGAGUCAUGGCAGCCUGUGACACAGCUAGAGCACGGGCAGUGCCGCACGUGUGCGCUGUACGAGCGGCUAGCCCUGUGGUACAAGGACGGGUGCUUUGGCACGUGGGCGGUGUGCUCGGGCAACUUCAGUGACAGGGACAGCAGAGGGCUCUUUACGUUCCUGCAGCCGGCAAGCUUCCAUGCCAACCUGGCGUGUUACGCGUGUAACCACACAGGGACCACACAUGCCACAGCAGAAGCUCCCACCACCAAGGAAACAGACGGGGAAGUGGGCGUGUUUGUGUGGAUGUCAGUGAUAGUGGCAGGCAUGGGCAUAGUCAUCAUUAUUGCCGCCUGCAGCGUCUUCCUCGCAGCAGAGCCCGAGGCAGAGGCGGAGCGCGUCCGUCUGGAGGGCGAGCGGGCCAAAUUCAUCGAGAUGGGAGGGGAGAAGUCAGACAGCCGGCCAAGGUUCCACGAUGGGUAUCACUACGAGGGGAGUGAGGAUGGGGAUCGGGUGGAGCACAAGCAGCAGCAGCAGCAGCAGCAGCAGCAGCAGCAGCGGGCGGGGUUCACUGGGAGAUUCCGGGACGAGACAGCAGAUGUGUUGAGCGAUAUUGAUGAGGAGGAGGCAGAGGAGGAGACUACAGGGCUGUUCCCGAUGCACCACACCCACUCCUCAGCUGUCCCUGGUCUGCCGAGAAGAGCUGAAGCACAAAUCCCCGUGUCUUCCGCUCCUGCUUCUGCUGCUGCUACUGGUGGUAUGGGCAUUGCUGCUGCUUCGGGUCCCACGACUGCUCCUAGAGGUGGUGCUGCCAGGGAGUCUCCCACCUCAGUGGAAGUUUCAAUUCUCCAGAGUCCCCCAGGGCGACCUUUUGAGACUACAACCACCUCUACAACUGCUGCCUCGUACUAUCAUGAGUGGUGAUUUGUAGCAUGCACGAGGUGGACUGGACUUUUAAUGUAGCCACUUGUUACUCUCGAUGCGUUCAUGUGAGCUCUCCCUUGCAGUGAUAUCUCUCUCUCUCUCUCUCUCUCUCUCUCUCUCUCUCUCUCUCUCUCUCUCUCUCUCUCUCUCUCUCUCUCUCUCUCUCUCUCUCUCUCUCUCUCUCUCUCUCUCCCCCUCCCCCCCCCCCCCCCUCAGUCCUGUUGCUGUAUAUUCAGUAAUGUACUAGAUGGGCACAUACAGCACUUGGUGCGAAAGACUGCGUUGUAAGAAAUUAUUGAACCCCAU